CUGUUCCGUGAUCAUCACCCCUUCUCACCUCCGGAAUUUCCUAAAUUUGCCUUACUUUCUUUUAGUAUUCGAGAUUUUACUUCCUCUUAGCAAAUGUUAGGCCUCAGUGUUUUACCGUAACUAACUUCCUCUCCGUCGGCUUGAUCCCUCUGUGUAGCAAUUCACCCACAGCUCCUCCAAGCACCCGUCACCUGGCAUCCAGCUUUCUGCAACAAUGCCAGACCCAAGGGUCUUCAUAAUCCGGCAUGGAGAGACGGAAUGGUCACUCAAUGGCCGCCACACCGGCACCACCGAACUCCCCUUAACCUCCAACGGCGAAAAGCGAGUGCAAGCGACCGGCAAAGCGCUCGUCGGUGACGACAGACUCAUCGUCCCCGGAAAUCUCGCACACAUCUACGUAUCCCCCCGCCACCGCGCCCAACGCACCCUCGAACUCCUAGACCUAGGAUGUCGAGACCGCUAUCCAUGGCAUAACUCCUCCACCCCCGCCUCGCCCCAGUCCCUUGACAUCCGCACAAACGCCAAAAUCUCCAUCACCCCCUCCAUUCGCGAAUGGGAUUACGGAUCCUACGAAGGCCUCACAUCACCUCAAAUCCGCGCCUCCCGACUCUCCCGCGGUCUCCCCCCAGACUGGGACAUAUGGCGCGAUGGGUGUGAAGGCGGCGAAUCCCCCGAAGAAGUCACCUCCCGUCUUGAUGCCCUAAUCGCGGAGAUAAGAGGGAAGUGGCAUGAAGGCCAGUUUGGCAAAGACUCCGGGUGGAAGGGGAAGCAGGGGGUUCCGAAUGAUGUGCUGAUAGUGGCGCAUGGACAUAUAUUAAGAGCAUUUGCGGCAAGGUGGAUUGGGAAGGAUUUGAAGGGGAAUCCGAGUUUAAUAUUAGAGGCGGGGGGUGUAGGGACGUUAAGUUAUGAACAUCAUAGUAUCGAGGAGCCGGCGAUUUUGUUAGGAGGGGCGUUUGUCGUGGAUGUUGUGGAGAAGGAUGAAGAGGGUAGGCUUAAUGAGGGGAAGUGAUGGGGUUUGUGGGCUUGGGGAUUUGGAUGGAUAUCUGGGGAAAUAGAAUUAGAAUUGCGAAACCUCACUCGCACACAUCACGCAUCGCGGACGGAUAUUCAAGCAGAAAGGGAAAUAAUCAUGUGGUCCAUUCCACUCUAUCCUAGUGACUUAUAAGGAAGUACCUUCUAAGUACACUAGGAGAUACUUCAGGAAAGCUAAGGAGCUAUACAGUGUCAUCUUUAUUCGGACGAUUUCUCCCAUUGACAUGGUCCUCCAAUGUGAUCUGGAGACGUCAUCGAUAGACACAACUCCAUUCCAUCAAUCCUAUUGCAAACUACUAUUACACUUUAAUAUGAUCAACCGGUUGCGUUUCCG